AUGAAGGCACCCGUCAUUACGCUCUCUGCCAUAUCUAUGGUCAGCGCGUUUCGAGGCAUGGGCGACCUCCUCGUGCCGCGCGUACAAAACGACCCGAACCUUAAAAGGCUACCUGGUGACUUGGACACUCUCGAGGAGAGCAAGCUAACCCCUACUGGUAAACUUAUCAAGAGCAUCUUGCAAGGCAAUGGAGAUCCCCAAGACAAAAGAACGGCUUACACUGGCUCGGUUCCGGCCCUAGACUCUGCUGAGUGUGCUCGUGACAAAUGCUGCAUAUGGAAACACAUUGCAGAUGAAAUGAAGUCUAUGAUGAUUGAGAAGGGAGGGCAAUGCAAUAGCCUUGCUAGGGAGGCCGUUCGUAUGGGAUUCCACGAUGCGGGAGCGUGGUCCUUGCAUACUGGGAAGGGUGGCGGCGCAGACGGAUCUUUAGUCCUAGCAAACGAAUGCUAUGACCGGGUGGCUAACAAAGGAAUGGAAGUUGGUUGCAACCAGAUGCGGAGUUGGUACGAAAAGUAUAAGUCUUACGGUGUCAGUAUGGCGGAUCUAAUCCAAAUGGGCGCCAACGUUGCGACUGUCGUCUGUCCCCUUGGACCUCGUGUCCGCACAUUUGUCGGACGCCAAGACAACCCGAACCCAGCACCAGACGGCCUUCUUCCAAAGGAAACCGACUCGGCAGACUUUCUCAUUUCCCUCUUUUCAAAUAAAACGAUUAGCGCUAAUGAGCUUGUAGCUCUGGUUGGAGCUCAUACUACCAGCACCCAGCACUUUGUUGAUCCCGGCCGCGAUGGAGCCCCUCAGGAUAGCACGCCUGGAAUUUGGGACGUCAAGUUCUACGGCGAAACAACAAAAUGGUUUCCUCCUCAGGAGAUACUUAGAUUCAAGAGCGAUAUUGCUCUAUCUAAAGAUCCCAGGACUUUCUUGACUUGGAAAGCGUUUAGCCUGCCCAUCCUGGGCCAGAUUGGUUGGAAUAGGGCCUACGCCACGGCGUACAUACGACUGAGUUUGUUGGGGGUUUAUAAUAUUAACGAAUUAACUGAAUGCACAAAGGUACUACCGCUGCCUUCGUAG